ACACUAACACUGUAUCAAGAAGAGCAAAAGAAGGAAAGGAGGAGAAGAAUGACUAUUGAUUAGCAGUAGUUUGCAGCCAAACUCAAUGGAUGUAGGAGUACAUAUACAUGCAUAACAUCCAUCUAUACAUGCAUGCAUAAGUCCACAAGAAAAUAAAAUAAAAAAGGAAAAAGAGAGAGAGUUUUUGGAUUCUACUCCUUCAUUAUCAUUUAUUAGCUUAGCUCUGUGUUUUUCUGUAUAUAAAUACUCACUAUAUUAUCAUCUUAUUCUGCUGUGCCGCAUGGUGGUCUCUUGGCCAUCUUCUGUUAAUGAUUGUUUCUUGUUUUGGUUUCAUAAAACCAACAACAAAGGUUUUUGCUUUGCUCUUGUUGUUGUUGGUGGUGGGGUGUGAUUAUGGCACAAAAGAGGCAGCCGGAGGAGGGUAAGCCUCGUUCUGAUGGGAAUAAUAGUCCUGAGGAAAAGAGGAGGAAGUUCAAUUUGAAAAGUGUGGUUCAGGAGGUGAUUAAAGUGCAAUCAGUUCAGCAUUUGCUAGAGCCAAUUCUGGAGCCAUUGAUACGUAGGGUGGUAAAGGAGGAAGUCGAAUUAGCUCUAAGGAAACAUUUGGCUAACAUGAAAAGGAGCAUUGGGAAAGGGAUAGAUUCCUCUGAAUCAAGAAGCUUAAAACUGCAGUUCGCAAACAACCUCUCACUUCCAGUGUUCACUGGAGCUCGUAUUGAAGGAGAAGAAGGUCCUGCAAUUAAAGUGGUUUUGGUCGAUACUCGUACUGGGAAAAUUGUCAACUCUGGCCCCGAAUCUUCUUCCAGAGUGGAAAUUGUUGUUCUUGAGGGUGAUUUUGAUGGUGAUGAGGCUGAGAACUGGACACCUGAAGAAUUUAAGAAUAACAUUGUAAGAGAGAGAGAAGGAAAGAAACCCCUUCUUACUGGAGAUGUACUCCUCAAUCUUAAAGAGGGGAUUUGUUUGGUUGGUGAAAUUUCAUUUACAGAUAAUUCAAGCUGGACAAGAAGCCGCAAGUUCAGGCUUGGGGUAAGAGCUGUGGACAACUUUGAUGGCACUAGCAUAAGGGAAGCAAAGACAGAAUCCUUCAUCGUCAGGGAUCACCGAGGAGAAUUGUACAAGAAGCACCAUCCCCCAUCUCUGUUUGAUGAAGUUUGGAGAUUAGAGAAGAUUGGCAAAGAUGGAGCUUUCCAUAAGCGUUUGAGUCGGGAGAAUAUCAAUACUGUGAAGGAUUUUCUGAUCCUUCUCUUCAUAGAUCCUACAAGGCUUCGCCAUAUUCUUGGCACGGGCAUGUCUGCUAAGAUGUGGGAAGUUACUGUGGAGCAUGCUCGAACUUGUGUGCUUGAUAAGAUAAUAUACUUGUAUUGCCCUCCUGUUUCUCAACAGAAAACUGGUGUAGUCUUUAAUGUUGUUGGACAAGUUAUGGGAUUGCUUUCAGAAGGCCAAUAUGUUCCUAUUGAUAAGCUGUCUGAAACUGAAAAGGCUGAUGGUCAAAACUUGGUAAUCACUGCAUUUGAACAUUGGGAGCAAGUCAUAUCUUUUGAUGAUGAAGCAUCUCUGGUGGGUGGCUCUUCACAAUUGUCUGAUGUUGCUUACACCUCAAGCUCACCCCAGACAGAAAAUUCUAGUGGAAGCAAGUUUUUGGCUUCACAAAAGAUAGGUGGAUUUGAUUAUGCACAACCAAGUGCAUCUUCUCCAGAUAUCAUGUCGUCUAUAUAUACUGUUGGGGGUGUGAAUGGAUUGGAUGACUAUGCCUUGCAGGGUAUUGAAAAUAUGGGUCUUAGAUAUGACCAGACUCUGAACUUCAACGGCCAAGUCUCCAACUCCCUCAUUUGUGACACCGAUUCCUUGGCUCAAGCUUUCUGUGACGAGGAACAUUUGCGGUUUUUUGAUACAGAUCUUCAGUCUCAGAACCUCAGUUUAGAAACACAAGCUGAUUUGCAAAGUGCUGUUGAUGGCUUCCUGUUGGCGCGCUCUACGGCUGUUGCUGUUUAUAAGGCUCAGAGGAGAUGGGCUAAGAUCUCUUGCGUGUUGAAAUGGUUCUCCGUCAGGAAGCUUGUGGCUACAAAAAAAAGCUUGUGGUCGAGAAACUCAUAGAUAUUAGAGUGAUGGGCCAUAAAAACCUCACCAGUUCACAGUUGCAAAUGUAUUUAGUCAGUGCUUCCGCGAGUAUAGUUUUGCCUGCAGUCGUGGAGGCAAGAUGGAGUUUCCAUAGAUGUAGAUGCAGCUGGUUUUAAAAACCCUAGGUCUGAGUGGAGAAUUAGGAAAUGUCUAUCCUUGUAUGAAAUUGUAAAUUUGUAUAUGUGGUGCUUGAAACUAGGAGGUCACUGGUUUUAGCCCCUUGAGUUGAAGCUCGAAUGCAAGCAAAGACACUGGUAUGCUUGGGAUUCUGUAGCUAUCUUGUGGAUUAUCAUUUUGUAUCUGUGCAUUUGUUAAUGAAGUAAAUAUUGAAUCUUUCAA